AUGGCGUCAAAGCGCAAGGCGUCGGCGAUGGGUGCCGCCAUGGAUGAUGAACCCGUGGAUCCCUCAGACGAGCUGGCCUUCUAUUGUCUCGGUGGAGGUAAUGAAGUCGGACGAUCAUGUCAUAUCAUCCAGUACAAGGGCAAGACGGUCAUGCUUGAUGCGGGCAUGCACCCUGCCAAAGAAGGCUUCUCUGCGCUUCCUUUCUUCGAUGAGUUUGAUUUAAGUACAGUUGAUAUACUUUUGAUCAGCCAUUUUCACGUUGAUCACUCUUCAGCACUCCCUUAUGUCCUCAGUAAGACCAACUUCAAAGGUCGUGUUUUCAUGACACAUGCCACGAAGGCCAUCUACAAAUGGCUGAUUCAGGAUAACGUCCGAGUCAGCAAUACCUCCUCCUCUUCAGAUCAGCGCACUACUUUAUAUACCGAGCGUGAUCAUCUCUCGACUCUUCCUCUAAUUGAGACCAUCGACUUCAACACCACACACACCAUUAACAGCAUCCGUAUCACCCCAUUUCCCGCCGGCCAUGUUCUGGGCGCUGCUAUGUUCUUGGUGUCCAUUGCUGGCUUGAAUAUUUUGUUUACGGGCGAUUAUUCGCGUGAAGAAGACCGGCAUUUGAUCCCGGCUACCGUUCCCAAAGGAAUCAAAAUUGAUGUUCUGAUCACAGAGUCAACAUUCGGCAUUUCGUCCAAUCCCCCCCGGCUAGAACGAGAGGCCGCCCUGAUGAAGUCAAUUACUGGUGUCUUGAACCGUGGGGGUCGUGUGUUGAUGCCCGUCUUUGCUCUCGGUCGUGCACAGGAACUGCUCCUCAUCCUUGAAGAAUACUGGGAGCGUCAUCCAGAAUUGCAGAAAGUACCCAUCUAUUACAUCGGUAACAUGGCUCGUCGCUGCAUGGUUGUGUACCAGACAUAUAUUGGUGCCAUGAAUGACAACAUCAAACGACUCUUCCGGCAACGUAUGGCUGAAGCCGAAGCAAGCGGUGACAAGAGCAUCACCGCAGGACCAUGGGACUUCCGCUUUGUUAGAAGUCUUCGGAGUCUGGAGCGGUUUGAUGAUGUUGGUGGCUGCGUGAUGAUUGCAUCUCCUGGUAUGCUACAAACUGGAACCAGUCGGGAGUUGCUUGAGAGGUGGGCCCCGAGCGAGCGCAACGGCGUCGUCAUGACCGGCUACAGUGUUGAAGGUACAAUGGCCAAGCAGCUGCUCAAUGAGCCGGAUCAGAUCCCUGCCGUUAUGUCCAAGGGUACCGCCAUGCAAGGCCGUGGACGAGUUCCGGGGGGUGGUGACGAAGAUCAGAAAGUGAUGAUCCCACGCCGCUGUACUGUCGAUGAGAUCAGUUUCGCUGCUCAUGUCGACGGCGUGGAGAACCGUAAUUUCAUCGAAGAAGUUGCUGCACCGGUGGUCAUUCUUGUGCAUGGUGAAAAGCACCAAAUGAUGAGACUUAAGUCUAAACUGCUUAGCCUUAAUGCCGAUAAGACAGUCAAGGUCAAGGUCUAUACACCGGCAAACUGCGAUGAAGUGCGCAUUCCUUUUAGGAAGGAUAAAAUAGCAAAAGUGGUUGGCAAACUCGCGCAAAGUGCUCCUCCUUCGGAGCAAGACGACAGUCAACUUAUGGCUGGAGUCCUGGUUCAAAAUGGAUUUGAUUUGUCACUAAUGGCCGCAGAAGACCUCCGAGAGUACGCUGGUUUAACGACGUCUAUUAUUACUUGCAAGCAACAUCUUACUCUUAGCUCCGCCAGUAUGGAAUUAAUCAAAUGGGCCCUUGAGAGCACCUUUGGCGCCAUUGAAGAGGUCGGCAUCAAGGAGGAAAAGAAUGGAGCCAACGGUCAUGUGAACGCGGAUCUCGACGGCGAAACUGCAGAUGAGGAGAUCCCCAUGGGCGAAGCCCAAAACUUCCUCAUAAUGGGCUGUGUGCACUUGCGAUACCACCCAAGAAACCAUGAGGUUGAGCUGGAGUGGGAGGGCAACAUGAUGAACGACGGAGUUGCCGAUGCGGUCAUGGCCGUCCUUCUUACUGUCGAAAGCAGCCCAGCCUCCGUGAAACAAUCGGCCAAACUCAACCACCAUCAUCAUCAUCACCAUGACGAUGACUUUGACGCAUUUCCCAAUCCUCACUCACACCUCGGGGCCGAGGAUCGACUUGCUCGUCUCCUCAUGAUGUUGGAGAUGCAAUUCGGCUCUGACAUUGCCCCCAUCGAACGCCCUCGUGUACCGGCUGAUCUUGCGAUUGGCACAGCGGAGGGCGACGAAGCCGAACUCGAUGAGGAGCGUGUCGCUGAUAUCGAGUCAGCCGAACUGGAGCGUCUUCAUGCCUUAGGCAUACCAAUUCCCGGUAUUGAAAUCAAAGUGGACAAACACGUUGCCCGUGUCUGGUUGGAAAACUUGGAAGUGGAAUGUGCGAAUGCUGUUCUACGUGACCGAGUUCGCAUUGUCGUUGAGAGAGCUGUUGAAACAAUCGCCGGUCUAUGGGCAGCUAGUUCCAUGCCCAAAGAGGCUGUGGUUACAAAUGGCCCUAUGAAGUCUCAGGCAGAAAUGGAGCUUGCUGCUAGGACCAAGGCGGCUGCCCUUGAGUCAUAA